CUGAGAAACUUGAAGCUAAGAGACACAGACUGGACUGUGAUAGGCUUGCCUUGUCUAUUUACUUACUGAAACAGCAUCAACGAAAGGAGAGACUUCUAAGACACAAAUAUAACAUAUUUAUAUAUUCUGCUGAGAAUUACAACUGGAGGGAAAUAAGAAAGAUGAAAAUGAUGACUUUCUCCAACUGGACACAACCGUUAUCCACAAUGGUUCCUCUGUUGGCACCGAAUGAAACGUCUGGUGAAAAUGAGGAAUUGGAUCUGCAAAACGAAAGCUGGGAAUUCUACAUUUAUUAUUAUGGAGUGUUCUGUUUGGUGGCCGUCGUUAAUUUAACUGGCAAUUCACUGGUAAUUAGUACAAUAAUAAGACACCGCCAAUUACAAUAUUGUUGUAACUGGUUUCUUCUCAGUUUGGGCUUCUCCGACCUUCUACAGGGUUUUGUCUACCCCAUAUAUAAUUUGUCACACAUCGAGAUAUCGGCUAUCAGCGAACCUCUUGGAGCUUGGUCCCUCUGUCAGUUUCUAUUGACUGAAGUGCUUGCCUUGGACUUGGGAUCUUCCUACCAUCUUGUCUGCAUCACUGUGAUCCGAUACAUAGCUGUUGUUCACCCAUUAAAAUACCACAACUAUGUCAAUGAGAAACGGAUCCUGGUCUGUAUUGUUUUCAUAUGGCUCUCCACCCAGACAACAAUAAUUCUCUUGUAUACAAUAUACAUACCAGAAGGAGAAUACGUAGGAGCUUGUCGGUAUGAGAACAUAUUCCGGUUUGCACAUACCAAUAUACUUUUUAUCAUUCAACUAUUCCUGCCAUUGACCAUAAUGACGUGCUUAUACGUUCCUCUGAUACGAAUUGCCCGGAAACAGGCCAAAGUGAUUGCUAUUCAGGAAUGUUCUGUGACACGGUCAGCCAUAACAAGCCAAGAGAGAAAGUCAACUUACAUGGUUACAUCGCUUCUUGGUUGCUUUGCCAUCUUCUGGACUCCUACAGUCAUUUAUUUUUAUGCCAGUAUUGCUCUAAAAGGAAAUAUUAACCAUUAUAUCAGGUAAGUUCUUCAAGAAAUUAAUAAUGAGUAUGAAGAUGAUUAAGGUAACUCCUUUGACAGCAUU